AUGAGUGAACCCAAUAUUCAUCAGGAAACUAAUCAAAAACUAAAUGAAAUUUUUAAUUCAAUUAAAUUAGAAAAUGUAAAAACCUAAGAAGCCUUCAAAAAAAUUUCUAAUACUAACAAUCUUGUUACUCAAGUGAAGCGAUGCUAAUCAUUAACUUUACUCCUCCAGAAUAUUUAAAGUCUCAACCAAGCUCAAAAAGAAUUCAAGGAAAUUAAAAUUAAUAAUCUAUGCAUUAAACUAAAUAGUGAUGUUGUCAUAUAUACAAAAAAAAAUGGCCAUCGCAUUGCUAAAGCAGUUUAAAUAAUAGGAGUUGCAAGAUUCCAACAAUAUACACCCAUAAUUCAAGUCUAAUGGUAUUACGCUAAAAAGGAUUUAAAAUUAAUUAUAGGACAAUAUUGGGAUGGCAUCAGCUAAAGAGAAUUAUUCUUGUCUGAUCAAUAUGAUUAUAUACAACCGGACAUAAUUGUCGGUGAAGCCUAAGUUUUGGAGCUUGAACAAUUCAAGCAGAAAAAUUUAUCAACAGGCUUCGUGUUUUUCUGUAGAUCAUUUUAUAAAAAUUCGUAAAUCAUUCCACCUAUCUAAAAAUGGGAGAAGCAUUGCAAAUGCAGACAGCCAAUGAAUCCUGAUAGGUUAUCAGUAAUUUGCGAUAUUUGUUAAUUAUGGUUUCACAAAGAAUGCAUACCAUUAAAUAAUAAUGUCUAAGGAAUAUAUGUCUGUCCUUCAUGUAAGAAAAAAAAAUGA